AUGUAUUCGGCUCCCUAUGGUUACCCAAAUACCGCCGCAGGCCCUAUCUUCAACGGCGCUGCCCCAACCCCACAAGGGCCUCACUUGCAACCUGGCCCAGCUCCGAACCAGCCACAGCAGAUGAUGUUCAACACACAGCAGUUCCCCAUGCCGGGCCAGCCAGGUGCCUUCUCCGCCGGCCCUAACCCAGCACUCAUGGGGGGAGCUGUUGGGCCUGCAGGGAUGAUGCAGAAUGCCGGCAUGCCGCACAUGACUGCCAAUGGCCAGAUGGGAUUUCAGGGCGCCUUUACAACGGCGCCGUAUGUGGCGGCCAUUCCUUCGUCUGCGGGUCCCCAGCCGCAGCUACCUGCCAACUUUAUGAUGGCCAGCCAAAUGGCACCCUAUCAGAUGAACACGGGCUUGCCAAGCCAGCAGUCCAUGAUGCAGCGCAUGCUCCCCGGGCAGCAGAACUCAGCUGGUAUCCCUGUUUCUAGCCCUCAACGGCAAUUCAACUCGUCUCAAGGCACGCCCACCGGCUCGAUGCCAGCCCAGCAGCAGCAGUUCUCGACUCCCCAGACCCAGGGCCCGCCUCAGAGCCAAACGCCCACAACCGCGCAGCCGCCAUCGGCCUCAGUAGCAACACCACAGACUCCAACCUUCCCUGCAGACCCGGGGCAAUCUUUGGGGAGUGGGACAUUGACCGCCUCAGCCCCUCAAAGCCCGGCCACCGAGUCUCGGGACAAGGAGAGAAUGGCCGUUCUACUGGAGAUUAACCAAGAGCUGCUGUAUGAAUCGAUACAGCUCGUCAACAGCCGGAACGAGCUCAAAAAGGAACAGGCGGCUGUCGAGGCAGGAGGGGCAAAAAACAGCGACAUAGAUUAUGCCGAGGAGGAGAAACUGGCGAAUCUGGACUAUAAUCAGUGCAUGAGGAGGCUACAAGCCAACCUCACGUACAUGUUCGCCCUGGCUGACCGCAAGAAGGGGGUACCGCCAUCGCCCGCCUAUCUGACGCCGCCGCCGCUCAACCUGCAGCUCAAGCUAAAGCUACCACCUAGCACGCCGGACGACCCAAUGGAAAGACCCGAAGACCCCAUCGCGGACCGCGUGGAGCGCGACCAGCUGCUCAAGAGCCUGUACAAGAAGCUCCAGUCGCUGUAUCCGGGCAUCGACCCGAACAAGGAACCACCUGCUCAACCGCCCGCUGGCGCCCGACCCAGCGUUGGGAAUGCCAACGCCGCUGGUGCCAAGGGGCUGAACGGCACCGAGCCGAACCACCUCGGUGGCGGUGGACAGCAGGGAUCGAAUCAGAACAGUCCUGCUCCGACGCCAGGGCAGACUCAGGGGACGCCGCUGAUGGGGAACGUGACCGUGUCGGGUUUGCAGCAGUAG